AUGGGUCUCUUCUUUAACGUUGCUCUUGCCAUCUUCGUGGGCACGGGCAGCUUCCUCUUCGGCUACGAUUCGGGAGUCAUGACAAUUGUCAUCCAGUCACCCAACUUUCUCGAAUUCUUCCGCACAGACAAGACUUCGCCGAUUAUAGGAGCAAUCAAUGCGACAUUCUCGGGAGGCGCCUUCUUUGGCUCGAUGAUGGGUGGCUUCACAAUGGAUAGUCUUGGUAGAAGGAAAACCAUCAUGAUCGGUGCUAUCAUCAACCUCAUCGGCGCUAUACUUCAAUGCGCUGCUCAAGAUCUCGCCAUGAUACUCGUCGGUCGCAUCUUCGCUGGCUGGGCCGUCGGUAUCUUAUCCAUGUCAGUACCCGUUUACCAAACAGAAUGCGCUCACCCAAAAAUCCGCGGUCUCAUAACCGGUAUUACCCAGCAAAUGAUCGGCGUAGGCUUCAUCAUCUCAACCUGGGUCGGAUACGGGUCCUCCAAAGUACCCGCCACCUCUUCCUUCUCCUGGCGCUUCCCGCUCGCCUUCCAAUGUAUCCCCUGCCUCAUCAUCAUCUGCGGCAUACUCUUCUUCCCCGAAUCUCCCCGCUACCUCGUGGAAAACGAUCGCGCGGAAGACGCGCUCAAGGUGCUCCGCAAACUGCACUACGACGGCAGCAACGAAGAAUGGAUCCAAACCGAGUUCAACGAAAUCAGACUAACUAUUGACGCUGAGAAGGCGAUUUCCGCCCCAGGAUGGAGAAUCAUGUUUACCGUGCCGGUGUAUAGGACAAGACUGAUGCAUGCUACAUUAGCACAGGUGUUUACGCAAAUGACUGGCAUAAACGUUAUAGGAUACUACUCCACAAUCCUCUACGACAACCUCGGCAUAGUCGGCGACCGCAAUCUCCUCGUAACAAGCAUCUACAACAUCGUCGGCCCAGUCUUCAACCUCUUCUUCAUCAUCUUCCUCCUUGACCGCGUCGGCCGUAGAAAACCCCUUCUUUUCGGCACAAUCGGCAUUUCCAUCGCCCUCGUCUGCGAAGCCAUCAUCGGUUCGCAGGUCGAGCACGCCACGGGCUCCCGGCGUGAUUCGCUGUCAGCUGCUGGUGUCUUCUUCUUGUUCUUGGUGUCGUGCAUCUUUAGCAUGUCAUUUGGGCCCAUCUCGUGGGUUUACGCGUCGGAGAUUAUGCCGCUGAGUAUACGCGGGAGGGGCUCGGCCUUUGCAACGGGUGUGGGGAAUUGGCUCGUGGGGACAGUUUGGAGUCAAGUGUCACCGAUUGGGUUGGGGAAUAUCACGUACAAGUUUUACUUCAUUUUUGUGGCAUUCAAUCUCUUGGUUACGCUGCCGACGGUGUUUUUCGUCUUCAAGGAAACGAAACAGCUUACUCUUGAGGAGAUUGAUUUGCUGUUUGGAGAGAGGGCGUUGGGUAUACUGCCGGAUAAUUUGGAUGACAAGCAGAAGGUUAUUGAGUUGGAGAGGAUCAGUGCGGCGAAGAAACAGCUUGCUGGGACGAAUGUGACGGCUGUUCAUUAG